AUGAACGUGGAAACAACUCAAAUAAUUCUUCGUCUUCCUGACGAGACCAAACAUGGGCCGGAGCGCUUUAGAUGUCCUAGUCCAUUGCUUUGCUCCUCAAACAAUUUAAACAUCGAAUCCACGUACAGAAAACGAGCAUCGUCGUUCAAGAAACCUAAGGUGAAGAAUUUGGACGUGUACCUACACGAUAACGGUAUGCGACCCCGAACAUGCAGCAUGCCGUCGAGCAAUUCUCUGAAGAAACCUCGGGCUCAAAUACUUCGGAGGGAAUUUAUGAAUAUUGAAGCGGACCCCGACACCUAUACCGUUCGAGAAUUCGAAAUGAACUCGAAAGGUGUGAUCAUUCACAGGAGUGAUUCUCUUCGCUCACGAAGCACCAAUAGCAUAGUGUCCUCUGAGGGAGACAUUGAUGGUGAGGCGGAGAAGACGGUUAAUGUAUUACUCAAUGGCGAAGAAACGGUGCUGUCCUUUCUUGAAAGAUCAGAUUUAGAUGACUUGGAUGGGAAUAUUGGUGGCACCGUCAUGGCCUACAUAAUUGUGUAUGCCUGUGAUGACAGACCGUCGUUUGACCGAGCUGUGGACAUUCUAUAUACAUUGAGACAGAAACAGCAUCGCGAUGAAAUCAUCAUUUUCGUUGGAAACAAGUCAGACCUAGUGCGAUCUCGUAGUGUAACGAUAGAAGAGGCCAAGGCUGUUGCCAAGACGUACGACUGUAAAUUUAUCGAGACGUCAGUGGUGUUAAAUGUUCACGUCGAUGAACUGCUGGUCGGUGUUGUCAAGCAACUACGUCUUCGCAAUGCGGCUGAGAUCGCAGACGACAAGGUGUCUCCGGGUUGUUCCUCCACCAGCAAAUCAUUGCUCAGCAAAAUUUUCAAAAAGGAUAACAUAUCUAAGUCCUGCGAGAAUCUCUACACGUGACAAAUGCCGUGACCGUGACCUUCCAAAAAAUAUGUACGUGACCCAACGUUCCACAAACGAACAUUUUAAUGCGCAGAAUGUGCCUGCAAUUGUACAUGUGUUGUGUUCGGGACAUAUACACGUUGCAUGAUAGAUUGCGUCAUUUAAACUGAUACAGUAUUUGCUAUCAACCUUAUGUUGUGAUUUACUCACAGUGUCUUAAACAAAGUCGU